AUGGGGCCGACGGAGACCCUUUAUGAUCUUCGGGUCGUUUGUUGUGGCAGCAUGUCUGAUCAUAUUGGGUGGACGUCCGAGAUUGUGGGAAGAUUUGUGACUGAUCCGGAGAAGGCCAAGAAUGUCACGAUUGCAUUGGCGGUGUCCAGCAUCUAUGCGGUUGAUUUCUCGAUCAAUGUUGUGCAAGCUUGCUGCCGCAGUUUAAUUGUGGAUACCCUACCGAUUCCAUUACAGCAGGCUGGAUCUGCCUGGGCGGGCCGGAUGUGUGCCAUCGGCCAAUUGAUCAGUUAUGUCAUUGGAUCCAUCGACACCGUCAGUAUUUUUGGAAGUCUGCUGGGCGACACGCAAUUCAAACAGAUGACGGUCAUUGCGGCCAUGUCUUUGCUCCUUGCCGUCGCUGUGACUUCGUAUUCUGUCAAGGAACGAGUCUUGAUCUCCGCAAGAGACUCCGAUGGCAAGGGAGGCGCCAUUCAGGCGAUCUCGCAGCUGUUUAAAACGAUCAUGGAACUUCCGCCGCGUAUCCAAGCCAUUUGCUGGGCCCAAUUCUGGGCAUGGAUCGGAUGGUUUCCCUUUUUGUUUUACAGCACGACGUGGGUGGGUGAGACAUAUUUCCGCUACGAGGUCUCAAAGGACCAAUUCACCAAGACCACCGACAUGCUUGGCGAAGUUGGCCGUAUCGGCAGUCUGUCCCUGACGGUCUUUUCGUCCAUCACAUUCUUAAGCUCUGUGCUGCUGCCGUUUUGCAUCCAAUCCCCCGAAACAAAGCGUACGCGCUUCACUCCCCGUCCUCCCCCGGGCAUCGCUGCGAUCCUCAAGAAAUUCACCGCCGUCCGACCCGACCUCCAAACCGCAUGGUUUCUCUCUCAGAUCAUGUUUGCCGCCACUAUGGUCUUUGCGCCGCUCGCCCACUCCCGGGCGUUUGCGACCAUCCUGGUUGCCCUCUGCGGUAUUCCCUGGGCCAUCAGUGGGUGGGCCCCCUUUGCAUUCAUGGGAGUUGAAAUCAACAAGUUGACCAUGAACGGUGGCGCUCCCGGCACACCGGCGCUGGCCGCACAAGCCACCCGCUCCGGUGUGACCAUGAUCACCUCUGCCAGCCUGCGCAAUUCCGCCGCAGACACCGAGCUGGAGGUUCUUCGCUUGAACCACCGCGACAUGGACAGCGAUACGGACGAGGAAGAUCCAGUCUCCAACAUUCCCUCCACGGGCGAACUGGCAGGGAUCUACCUGGGGGUGUUGAAUGUGUACACCACCCUUCCCCAAUUCGUGGGCACAUUCAUCAGCUGGAUUGUGUUUAGCUUGCUGGAGCCGGGGGCACCCCCGGCCAAGGACAGCGACGCUUCAGAUACGCAGUGGAUGAAUCUGGACCGGGACAAGCCGAACGCCAUCUCGAUCUGCCUGUUUAUCGGCGCAAUCAGUGCCCUGGUUGCGGCGGAGGCGACUCGACGCUUACGGUAUGUUCCUUGA